CUUCCGGUCGGCAGCGUGUUCAAGUUCCAUGGUCCGUAAGUAGCUGUGGUCCGAAUCAAUCUAAACUGGACAUUUGUAAGGUGUACUUGAACACAAGUCGACAUGGUAAAAUUGUCUGCAGAGUUGAUUGAGCAGGCCGCUCAGUACACCAACCCCGUGCGAGACAGAGAACUUGAUCUGCGUGGUUAUAAAAUACCCGUCCUUGAAAACCUUGGCGCCACUCUGGACCAGUUUGACACCAUAGAUUUCUCCGACAAUGAAAUCAGGAAGCUUGAUGGUUUUCCGUUGUUAAAGCGGCUUAAAACUCUAAUAAUGAACAACAACAGAAUAUGCCGAAUAGGUGAGAACCUUGAACAGUCCUUACCUAGUAUGAAGGAGCUCAUUCUCACAAACAACAACAUUCAGGAGCUGGGUGAUCUUGACCCUCUUGCCACAGUGAAGACACUGACACUCCUCAGCCUGUUAAGAAAUCCCGUAACCAACAAGAAGCACUAUCGGCUCUAUGUAAUAAACAAAAUUCCCCAAGUUCGCGUUCUUGAUUUUCAGAAAGUCAAGCUGAAGGAACGACAAGAGGCGGAGAAAAUGUUCAAAGGCAAACGCGGUGCUCAGCUUGCAAAGGAUAUUGCCAAGCGUACAAAAACGUUUACCCCUGGGGCUGUACUUCAGGCUGACAAGAAAAGGACAGGACCCUCUCCUGCUGAUGUGGAGGCUAUAAAGAAUGCCAUUGCCAGUGCAACAUCACUGGCAGAAGUGGAGAGGCUGAAGGGAAUGCUCCAGUCUGGACAGAUUCCAGGCCGAGACUUCAGACAAGCAGGUGCCCCGGGCAUGGUGGAGGAGGAGGAAGAGGAGGAGGAGGAAGAGAACGAGUCCAUGCAAACAGAAUCUGAGAUGCAGACGGAUGAAGGUGUUGUGAGAGGACAGAUGGAGGAGGAGGGGGAGGGUGAAGAGGAUGGUGGAGAGGAAGAUGGCGGAGAAGAGGAUGAUAUGGAUGAAGACUCACACGUGAAUGGAUCUAGUUAAGAAUUUGUAAAGUUCAAGUGGUUGCUUUAUGUUUCUGUUUUACAUCCUGAGAGGAUGUUGUAUCAGUGUAUGCCUUUUUAUGUUGCUUUUUGCUUUGUAAGAUAAAAAAAAAUAAAGGUUUUUUUGUUUUUUUUUAAAUAAAGAUCUUUGUAAAUACCA